AGUGCUGUCCAGGAAGAAAUGAAAGAAAAUGGAUCUCCGGGGAUAAUAAUAUUUCUUUUCAUCAAAACUUAAGUGCCUUGCUUAAGUGUUGGGCAUACACAGAGUUUUAUUUGGUGAAGUAACAAAUUCUUCACCACGGAUUCAAAGACCAAACGUGGCGACCAGAAGAAGAUGACUAUGUCCAGAGGAAGCAUGCGGCCACCACCUGUUUGCGCUGACUGUACUGCUCCAGAGCCUACAUGGGCAUCAAUCAACAGAGGUGUGCUGAUCUGUGAUGAAUGUUGCAGUGUACACCGUAGUUUAGGUCGCCAUAUAUCACAAGUCAAAAACCUGAAAAGGGGAUCAUGGUGUGCCAGUCAGCAUACUAUGGUUUACAUUCUAGCUAGUAAUGGUGCUAACAACAUAUGGGAACACACCAUGCUGGACCCAGCACAGAACAAACACGGCAAAAGGAAACCUGCACCACGCGACCCACUUCACCCGAACAAAUCAGAUUUUAUCAGAGCCAAAUAUCAGUUCCUCUCAUUUGUAAACAAACAUAAAGACAGUGAUGCUAGUUCAUUAGAUGAUGUUAGCAAGGAGCUCCACUCAAGUGUUCGAACAAACAAUGUUGAAACAUGUUUGCGGCUCUUGUCCAAGGGAGCAGAUCCUAACUAUUUUUAUAAAGAAAAAGGCAACAGUCCUAUUCAUGUGGCAGCUCAAGCUAACCAGGCAUCCCAGGUGGAACUGCUGUGUGUGUAUGGCGCUGACCCUGGUGCUAAAGAUGCAAAUGGCCGCACUCCAUACGAUUAUGCCAAAAGUGAAGGUUACACAGAUUUAGCUGACAGAUUGGUUGAGCUGCAAUAUGAACUAACAGACAGACUUACAUAUUACAUAUGUGGAAGAAAACCAGAUCAUCGACUUGGUGUUCAUUUCAAGAUCCCAGAAUUGGGAGACAAUAAUGCAGAUCUGUCUGAACUAGCUAAACAAGCCAAGAAAAAACUACAAGCUCUUCCCAACCAUUUGUUUGAAGAGUUAGCCAUGGAUGUCUAUGAUGAAGUAGACAGAAGGGAAAAUGAUUCAAUUUGGCUAUCAACACAUGACCACACAUCAGUAUUGAGUGAAAGACUCACAGUCCCACAUCUCCCAGUUAAUCCAGAACUCUCCACCACCCGCAAUCAGGGUCGGCAGAAGUUGGCUCGGUUUAAUGCCAGGGAAUUUGCAACUCUGGUUGUUGAUAUUUUAUACGAUGCCAGGCGGAGACAGACUGGGAUGACAUCACCAAUUCCAACCUUGCGAGAUCCAGAUAAAAUGUGCCGCAACUCUCAGCGAAUGAGUGCAAUUAGUGACGAUGAGCCCCUGUAUGAUAGUGUGGCCUCUGACGAGGACUACAGCAGCAUUGACACCCAAAGUAUUCAGAGUGUGAGGCAGGAGAUGAGGCCAGACAUCACAGCUGAGGGCCUUCUGAAAGGGAAGCGCUCUAACUCACCCACCUCAAUGAUAUCCUUCACAGAGAGCAUGUCUGAGCAACAAACAGAAGCGCCCGUGUCCUCAGAAGAAUUCCUGGAGGUCAGGAAGGCGCUGGCUGCCUCGGAGGCCACAAUAAAACAUCUGGAGCAGGUCAAGAAAGAUUUAGAGAAAAAGGUGGACACACUGAUGAGAGAGAAUGCAAAUCUGCGUGUCAGGAGCCAGGAUUUCUCUCACGUGGUCAAUGGCAUAGACACAGGUGACCAGCCGGACAUGAACCACUGUAACAACAACAAUGGGGACACGUUUGAUGUGGACGAGGCCAGGAGGUCUACGCGGUCAAGUGGCGGUGUUGUCAGGCCCACGUCCAUGAUAGAGAUGAGGGACCAGAGUAGGCAUGGGAACAUGGGAAGUAAUUCUCACUUAAUGUCAUCCACUUCAGUAACAAAUAUAGCCAUGGCUGGGUCUGGACAGAGUAAAGGUUUGACUGUUGCUGGAAGUUUCACAGUGGACGAUCAUGCAGAGACGAGUGAAGGUCACUACGAUGUACCUAGGUCCCAUCUAUCCACUGACAGUGGUGCUAGUGAUGGGCAGGUACAGGAUGUGUUAUCCUCAAUCCGAGAAUCUUCAGAGAGUGAAGGUCAAGGUUCUAACUCAUCCCUGGCUGCUGUGGGGGAUGACCCAAACAUGCCCACACAAGAAGAGGUGGUGAGGAAAACAGAUAAAGUGACGAAGAAGAUCCAAGAGCUGCUGGUCUCUGCUCAAGAGGGCCAACACAGAAGUUUUGAGUCGUGCUCGGAGAGGAUUUACUCUGCCGUCUCGGAAAUGGCCUCCCUGUUCCCAGCCGAGACAGGAUCCCAAAGACUUCAGGAAGCCAGACAAGUGCUAGUCCAGAGUGCCAGGCGACUCUGGGAUGAGUGCAUGAACUGGCCACCAUCACCAGAGCAGGACCCGAACCCGGACUUCCGUCUCAAGACCCAGCAAGUCAUACAAUACGCUUACGACAUCGCCAAGGCAGCCAAGAGACUUGUGACUUUGUUUCAGUGAGGGAGGUGUACAUAGACGGACCUAAAGCUUGUAGUGUUUCAGUGAUCAGGAGAGAAAAAGAUGGAUUACGUUUUACGUUGAAUGUUAAUAAGGAUUGAACUUGGGGAAAAUAUUGUACAUGAAAGAGACUGAGAAUGCUAUUUAAUCUAAUAAUACUUUGCUGCUCACAUCAGCAUCUCAUCUAAACCUUUGGAUUUAGUAAAAGAUGAAAAAGGAAGCAGUUACAGUGUUGGAAAUUUGUAUUGGAUAUCUGCCUGAAAAUACGAAGAAAUUUAGUCUAGUUUUUCUUUUUGGUACCACCUUUGUAAGGAUUGAACUUGUGGUUUUAGUUCAAUAUCUCCAUACAUUCUUCUGUGCUUAUAUUAAGUUGGUCUGCUAAUAUAGGCGCUGGGCAUUGAGUCUCCAUUUGGUUCACAGUCAUCAGUUAAUUAUUUAUAUUUGAACAUCUUAGAAGUUUUCUAAAACUAACCCUAGCCCCACCCCGUCCACUCUCACCCUAAUUACCCUGUCAUACAAUCAAAGUGAGAAAAAUAUUUCCUUGUAACUAUGCUUCAAGUUCGUCUUGAUUAUUCACAAAGCCCUGUGAAAAUUUCGAUUAAAAAAAAGUCAUCUAAGCCACAAAGAAAUUCUUGUGUGAGCUAGGCUUACAUAGUUUUCUUACAAGAUUAAAAUACCUAUAUCAUUCAGUAGGUCCCUCUUAUACUUCUUUAAGUGUUGUUCCAAAUUUGCUCCUUUUAAUAUCAAAUCAUGUAUUACUUAGGAAAAAUAUAUUUAAAACUUACAAGAAUGGCGAUAAGACACAAUGAUUGGGGUGGAUAAUUUAUCACAAGCAUAUUACAAUCUCCCUAGCCUUGUCAUAUUUUAGCACUAUUUUACUUGACACUAUUUCACAUAGGGUAGCUUUAGUUCCUGUUAAGUUGUAGAUUAAAAUUGCAUCAAAGUUCAGUCAUUUUUUUUUCAAGCAUAAAUAUAGAGAUACUCCUUUAGCUGCUUAUCUGAGUAUGCUCUGGAAUAAUAGGCCUACUAUUCCACAAAAUGUGUUAAGAAAUUAAUUUUAGAUACUAGAAGAAAAAAUGGGACUUAAGUGCUUCUUAUCAGGUAGUAAACAAAAGAUGGGACUAAAAAGGCCCUGUGUUAAAGAAAUCCAUCUUCUGUGCCAUGAAGAUAUUUCUGAAAGAUUUUGUAGAAUGUUUGGAGUGGAUUGUCAGUGAGCAGAACUCAGCACUAACACUGUUUGAUUUCUAAAAGCUUUAUUUCAUAGUUUUAUUGUAUUGGGAGUUCAGUGCAACAUACGUCUUGGUGAUUGUUAAAAUAUAAAUGUGUACUAUAUGUGUUUAUGUGAAAAAAAAUGUUUUCAUAAUGCACUAUACAAAUUUAAAUUAACGAAUUCAUGAUUUAAUAUGAAUUUUUUUCUAUGAAGUUUAUUAAAUAUUUUUGGCUUGUUACCAAGUUAAUGAGCAGCUCUUUAGAUUAAGCUUAAGCUUGUUACAAAGUUAAUGAGCAGUUCUUUAGAUUAAGCUUAAGCUUUUGUAUAUUUUUGUCAAGAUAGGCAACAUGAGCACAAGACAUGCUGGAUUUGCUUUGUGCCUUUUUAGCACCACAUAACACUGUUUAGCACCACAUUUUUCUCAUCCAUCAGUGUUAUUCACAGCCAUUGUUUCAGAUAUGUAAAGAAUGCUUAAAAGUUGUCCAUAUUUUUAAAAAGAAAGUAGAUGAAAUAUUUUCUUUCAUUAAAUCUUUGUUUAUUUAAUAAACAAAAUUUAACUUAAUUUCUAGAUGGACGCGUUAUAUUGAAAAAUUUACUGUACCUUCUUUUGAAAGGUACUAGAUAAGUUGAACAUAAAAUAAAUGAGUAAAUUUUAAAAAUUGUUUUUAGAUGAUUAUUGCUCUGACUUAGUAAAAUAUUCUUAAAAAUAGAGCCAGCGACUGUGUUGUGAAAAUAAUUAACAAAAAUUGUCCAUAAUUGAGGAGUCCCUCAACUUUUACCAUUUCUAAAUGUAACUUCUUAUAGUCAUGUACAUAUAUCCCCCAUCUCAUUGUAAAAAAAAACUGAAUUUUUCAGCAUGCCAAACUGUCUUCACACUUUAAAUUUCCUAUGUCACCCAUGUAAUCAUUUUCUUGGUGUUUUGUUGCAUGUUGUUGUAUUAUAAUUACCACAUUUACCAUUACAUUUAUCACAAGGCUCAUCUUUAUAAUUUGUGAUUACAUUUUCAUUGGACGGCAAUGAUGAACCUGAUAUACAUUUUUUUUAAAUUCUCAUACCAGCAUAUCUUUUUGUUAUUUCCACCAUAUCUUCCUGUUAUAUCCUACCACAUAUAACAGGCCAACUGGUUUACAAGCUUCCCUCCUGUUUUUAACUAUCCUAAUUUUAAAGCAUAUUAUUUUACUUUGUUAAAUUAAUUUACAUAGUCUACUGUAAUUAAAUGUAUUUAAAAUUGUAAAUUUUGUAGCUUAUUUACUUUAUCUUUCAACUACUUCUCCAUAUUCUGGAGAAAAAGAAUUAAUUAUAGGUAAUAUAUAAUUUUAAAAAAAACAUACUGAGUGUUAACUCAUUAUAUACUGAAAUAUUUUUUGUCAUUCAUGAUAAAAAAUAAUAGAUUGCUAAUUAAGAUAUACAAUAGUUUCAAGUAGGAUGAGUUUCAUUACUUUUUAUUGUAAAAAUUUUUAAAAACAUUUUGGAUGACUUAUUUGGGGUGAGUGCCCAGGCGUGAUUGAUUGCAUCAGCUCUUGUAUAGUACCUCAUCUUAAAAUAACUUUGAUGUAAGCAUGCACUUCUGUGUUACUCGCAUGAUUGUUUUGCAUGAUUGUUUUGCAUGAUUGUCUAUUAUACUUCUGUUAAUUCAUACAAAAUUUGCAUGUGAUUUAAUUAUCAUGUUCUUUUGGGAAAAAAAUAUCAAUAAAAUAGAAACAUCUAGUCUAAAUAAAAGAUGGAAAUAUACUGUACUUAAACAAAUCUUUGUGCUUUUGUUUUUUUUUGUUUUUAAAUUUAACUUGGUAAUAACAAUUGAAAAAAUUCUUAUACAAAAUGUAGGCCUAUAGGAAUUUACUGAUAAUGAAGUACAUCAAAUUUCAUUUGAAGUUUCAGCAUGCAUUACUUUUAACACAAACAACAGACAGAGAAAUUAAGACAAUAUUUUAAUACUGUUAAGACAUAUUAGUAGCAUGCGAAAUAGUUUGUGCAGCAAAUAAAUUUCUAAUAAAUUUUAUAAUCCUUUAUGGGGCUUGUUUUGUUACUGUCCCUUUAAUAGGUUAAACAACAAAGUGUAAAACCUCUUUGUUAUAAAAUUAUUUUCAAAUUAUAAACUAGCAAUAAUUGUAACAAGUUCUUUUGAGUAGUCAGUUCUUAUUGUGACUUUCCCGUAAAGGUAGGUUGUAACCUAUGACCAAAAUCAAAUUAAAUCUUUGACUAAUUUGAACUACCUUUAAGAAGUUAAAAUCUCCUCACAUAUGAAUAAGUAAAUGAAAAUGUAUUUACAAAAGUAAAUAAAUAAUAUAUACUAUUUACA